UGGGCAGAAUGACCCGCUCCUGCCACAGCGAGAAGCUCAUUGGCUACACCAGGAAUGUCACCGAGGUCCUGGCUUUCCUGCACUGCUGCCUCAACCCCGUGCUCUAUGCGUUCAUCGGUCAGAAGUUUAGAAACUACUUUCUGAAGGUCAUGAAGGACCUGUGGUGUGUGGGAAGGAAGCAGAAGUCACCCGGCUUCGCCUGCUCCAGGCUGCACUCUGAAACCUUCAUCUCCAGGCAGAACAGCGAGGCCGUGGACAAUGAAAACGCUUCAUCCUUCACUAUGUGAUGCCCUGAGCAUGUGCCGUGGGUGUGCUAGCAGGCGGGAACAUGGGAACCGGACAAGCUGCCUUCUGUGUGAGGCCAGGACUGCACCAUCUCCCCACGGGGUGCAGUGUGUACCCCAGUCGCCUGGCCAGGAAUGCUGUGACUCUGAAGUAGUUUACAGCUGGCUUUUCACAGAACAGGCUUUGGGGAAGGCUGAAUUAAAGCAGAUUGCUUACAGACAUGAAAAAUUUCAGAGACAGUCAUGAAGCCACCCUUGACUGCAAUUUCUCUGGGUUGUAGCAAAAAAAAAAAAAAAA